AUGCAAACAUAUUCAUAUUUUAAUGAAAGUAUUUCGCACAAUAUCUCAUACAAUGGACAUUUAUUACAUUCAGUCUAUCAUUAUCCUCUAGAAAAUAUUCAACUUAUAGAAGAUUUUGAAAAACGUUACCAAUUAUCAUACAAAAUAGACGAUGAACUUGAUUUACAUCAAUUCGAACUGAUAAUGACACUUGGACAAGGAUCAUUUGGUCGAGUUUUAUUAGUUGUACUUGAACAAAACAAAUUUGAAUAUGCUCUCAAAGUUUUAGAUAAAUCAAAAAUUGUUAAAUAUAAUCAAAUAAAACAUGUUCAAAAUGAAAUACGUAUUCUUAAUGCUAUUAGGCAUCCGAAUAGUAUCCUAAUGCAUUCUUUAUUUAAAGAUAAUUCAUAUAUUUAUGUUCUUAUGGAAUAUGUUCGCGGUGGUGAUUUAUUUGGUUAUAUUAAUAAAUUAAAAGUAUUUCAAGAACAUAUAACUUCAUUUUUUGCGGCUCAAAUUGUUCUUCUUGCUGAUUUUGGUUUCGCUAAACGGAUUCAACAAAGAACAUAUACACUUUGUGGUACACCAGAUUAUUUCAGUCCAGAAAUUCUUCAAUCCAAAGGUUUUUCAAUAAAUAUUAUUUUUGAAAAAAGUAUUGUAGAACAUUUCAAGGUUUUGAUUUAUGAAAUGAAUACGGGUAAUCCACCAUUUAAAGGUCAAUCUGAAAUGAUUCUAUUUGAAGCAAUCUGUCGAAAAAAACCACCAUUACGAACUAACUUUUCAUUAAAUUUUAAAAAGAUUAUACUUGGUUUACUUCAAAAAGAUCCAACUAAACGAUUAGGUUCAAGUUCAAAAGGAUCAAUAGAAAUUAAAGAACAUUCGUGGUUUUCUAAAAUAAAUUUUGAAGCAAUUUAUACACAACAAAUACCAUCACCAUUUUCUAAAUAUAUAAUCACUAAAUCAUUAAUAGAUUAUCGUCAAGAAUCCAUAACACGAAAUGAAAAACCAUUGAUUAUUGCUGAGCAUGAUGACUAUAAAGAACAUUUCAAGGAUUUUUAG